GCGUUAUCUACUCCAUUACCCGCCAUGAACACAGUAUCUGCUCUCUCAUGGCCAUACUUCUCUCCCUCUCUCCACACCCGCCUAUUCCCCCUCAAAACCCUAACCUUAACCCUAACGCUAACAAUUCCUUCUCUCUCUCCACUUUCAGACCCAACUCUCUCUUCAGCACAUCCAAGCGACACUUCAUACUCAACACUGCUUCACUAUGCCUCCUUUCCCUAACCCUUCAGUCCUCAAAUCUCAUAUCCUCAGCCGAAACAUCGCCUCCGAAGUCGAUCCUCAUGAGCAUUUCGAACACCAAGUCGUGGUUUCAGUUCUUCGGCGAUGGGUUCGCCAUUCGCGUCCCGCCUCAGUUCGAGGACAUCACGGAGCCUGAGGAUUAUAGUGCUGGAUUGUCUCUUUAUGGAGAUAAGGCUAAGCCAAAGACCUUUGCAGCACGAUUUGCAUCUUCUGAUGGAUCUGAAGUUUUAAGUGUUGUAGUUCGCCCGUCUAAUCAACUCAAGAUCACCUUCUUAGAGGCCAAAGAUAUUACUGAUUUGGGUUCGCUGAAGGAGGCUGCAAAGAUAUUUGUUCCAGGAGGUUCGACUCUAUACUCUGCUCGCACAAUAAAAAUUAAGGAAGAUGAAGGUUUCAGGACCUAUUACUUUUAUGAGUUUGGUAGAGACGAACAGCAUGUUGCACUUCUAGCUGCUGUUAACAGUGGGAAGGCAUUCAUUGCUGGAGCAACUGCACCACAGUCGAAAUGGGAUGAUGACGGUGUGAAGCUUCGUUCUGCUGCUGUGUCACUGACAAUUUUAUAAUCAUCUUCCUGAAAUUCACUUAUAAGCAGGGGAAAGAUGCUAUUGCAAACUGCUGUCUUGCCAAUGUGGGUCAUGCGGGUCAUGCAAUCGGAACGAAAUCUGGGAAUAUUAAAACCAAGUUUUUCGGAUGGAGACCAAAACCUGGACAUGUUAAUCUUUGGUUUAAGCUGUUGAGAGUUGAGAGAUGUCUCAAACAUAGCCAAACUCUAUAUCAUGGGGCUGAAAAUUUUGUAAUCUAAUAUCAUUUGGAGUAUUAUAUUGUGUGA